AUGGAUAGUAUAUUUGGAUCAUUUGGUAAUCUUGUUGCAGAGCGUCCCAUUGAGCAUUUAGGUUGUCAGGAUCUUUCCUUUGGUGGACUAUUACAACCACCGUUAAAAGUUGUCGAAGAUGGUGGUGCUUCAGGUUGUGGUGGUAAAAUCUGGGUGGCAGGUGAAUUACUUUGUGAGUAUAUCUUAGAGAAGAGCCCCAAUAAUGAGCUAUUAGGAUCGAUCAUCUCACCAGAUUGUCACAUCUCCAGAGUAUUAGAGUUGGGUAGUGGUACUGGAGUAGUAGGUCUCUGUGUUUCACUAUUAGCACAACAACAUAAUCUUUCAACAGACACACAUGUUAGCAUCACGGAUAUCGGUGGACUGGUACCAUUGAUGCAAAGAAAUAUCGAUGCCAACAAAGUUAGUGGUAACACUAAUGCUACAGAAUUAAUGUGGGGGGAACCACUUGCAAAAGAAUAUCGAGAUGUAGAUCUUGUUCUUGCUGCCGACUGUGUAUAUUUAGAAGCGGCUUUCCCAUUACUGGAAAGAACUUUGUUAGAGCUAACAAACCAAGAAGAUAACCAACCUAUGAUACUAAUGACUUACCGCCGUCGACGUAAAGCUGAUUGGAAAUUUUUCAAACGGAUCAAGCAUAAUUUCGAUGUCAUAGAGGUAACUGAUUUCUCAAGACGUUCCCAGUAUUUAAAGAACCGUACACAUCUCUUAAAGCUGGUACGAAGAACCCACACAACUAAAUAG